AUGUUUAAACAAAUGCAGUUUCUUGACCCACAAGCUGUCAAGUCUCGUAGAAUUAAUUCAUUGGUCACUUUGGCAGUAAAGUUUCCAAAUUUGAUCUCAGUUGAUGAACUGCAACAACUAGACACAGAGUGGCGGUUUUUGCGUAAUAAUAAAGAUUUGGCGCCCGAUGAAGCAGAAGAUCUCGAAACCUACUGGUGUAAAGUCGCUGCAGCCCGUGAUCCUGUUAACUGA